CCUGUUGAUCUAGACAGCAAGAGAUACAUUACCAGCAGCUACUAGCAGCUACUAGAACUACUAGCAAACUACCUAGUAUCAGAAGAAACAACCAUGUGGACGCGCUUCCAUCUCGACAUCGAGGCCAACCAUGUCACUCGCGGACUGUUCCGACUCGCAUAUGUGAAUGGGACGAGCAUCCGAGCCAGACUCGCCGAGCAGACCCGGCCAUUACAGACCAGGAGCAGCCUACGAACCCCCUCUCAGAGACAAGAGCGCGACGAGGAAGUCCACGACCGCCGCUCCCUGAAGCCGCAGCGCACAGAGACCGCCAAGUCUGGAACGGACGACGACGUGGCAAGCAUGAAGACGGCGUACGAUCCGACGACGAAGAGUCCCGAGAGCGAGUUCGAGGCGUCGGAGAGGGAGAGUCGGCAGCGCGGGGAGCCCGCCAAUCCGUUAAACGUCAGUCCUGCGAAUCAAGAGGUCAGCAGCGCGCGCGACCCGAUGGAGGGCGGAGCAGAUCGGAAUGUCGACAAGUCGGCGAGUACGAGGGGCCGGCCGAGGAAACAUGGCAAGGGACAUGUUGGGGGGGAAGGACAGACUGUUUUUGCGUCGGAUCGGGGGGCGGACUAGGAUAUGGAGGUUUAUACUAGUAGAUACAAUAGCUGGAAGUCACACAAUCCUAUUCUAUGAUGUUUUCGAAGAGAUUCAGCUAGGAUAGGCUUUAUGAUCCUAUUCAAACACUCGUGGAAUAACAG